UGUGUGCAGAGCAGCUGGCCAGAUGUUGGACGCGGAGCUGCUGUCGCUGACCUCGGUGCUGAACACGACGUCAGAUGAACCUGCGCGCACCACAGGAGACACGAUACAGCCUCACUCCCUCUUUGAUUUAUUGAAGCUACUCUAAACACCCACUUUUGCUUUCUAAACUUUGAUCUUUUUUAUUUUUCCGUCCCUACUCUUUCUCUCACACACAUACACACUCUCUGUUUUUUUUUUAACUCCGGACAAAUCCACAACAGAUGCACAACGCUGGCUAUCAAUUUCACUCCUUUUCGUUUUCCGUCGUGAUGGCACUUGGCGCGGCUACUGUACGCCAGGCAGGAGAUGAGCUGGUGGUGGAUGAAGGCGCACAGAUCGUUUGAUUCCUCCUCCUUUUUUCUCGCUUUAGCGCUUUCAUUGUGAAAAUUAGACUCGUCUUCUGGACCGUCGCCUCCCCUGGACUCAGAUUUAUCACAACUUGUGUUUGUUGUUUUCCUCGCAGCCGCUGCAGUCGGCCAUCCUGCGCCGUAACAUGACGAUUAAGCAGUAGAAAUAAAAACAGUGAGAAACAGGCCCUACACAUAGAAACUGGAUAUGGCAUCCGUGAGGACGAAAGCCACGGAAUUUGCGGGGAAGACCCUGGGUCAUAUGUACAGGGUGAUAGAGAGGAAACAGAAAACCGGGGAGGUGAUCGAGCUGACGGAGGAUGGGCGGCCCCGGGAGGCCGCGGAGAAGAAAGCCCCGCUGUGCGACUGCAAGUGCUUCGGUCUGCCCCGCCGCUACAUCAUCGCCAUCAUGAGCGGCCUGGGCUUCUGCAUCUCCUUCGGUAUCCGGUGUAACCUGGGCGUGGCCAUAGUGGGCAUGGUCAACAACAGCACCAUCCACCAGAACGGCAAGAUCAUCAUCAAAGAGAAAGCCAAGUUCAACUGGGAUCCAGAGACAGUGGGAAUGAUCCACGGAUCUUUUUUCUGGGGCUACAUCGUUACACAAAUCCCGGGAGGAUACAUAUCCUCCAGGCUGGCAGCGAACAGGGUAUUUGGUGCAGCCAUUGUGCUAACCUCGACUCUCAACAUGUUCAUUCCCUCGGCUGCCCGAGUCCACUAUGGGUGUGUCAUCUUUGUCAGGAUAUUACAAGGGUUGGUGGAGGGAGUGACCUACCCGGCCUGUCAUGGCAUCUGGAGUAAGUGGGCUCCUCCGCUGGAAAGGAGUCGUCUGGCCACCCUGUCGUUCUGUGGCUCUUAUGCUGGGGCUGUGAUAGCGAUGCCUCUGGCUGGGAUCCUGGUUCAGUAUUCAGGCUGGUCCUCGGUGUUCUAUGUCUAUGGAUGCUUCGGCAUUUUCUGGUAUAUGUUCUGGAUCUUUGUGUCUUAUGAGAGCCCUGCUGUACAUCCAACCAUCACUGAUGAGGAACGCUGCUACAUUGAGGAGAGCAUUGGAGAGAGCGCCAAGCUGGCCGGUCCUGCUGAGAAAUUCAAGACCCCCUGGAGGAAGUUCUUCACCUCUAUGCCUGUCUAUGCAAUCAUCGUGGCCAACUUCUGCAGGAGCUGGACGUUUUACCUGCUGCUGAUUAGCCAGCCUGCAUACUUUGAGGAAGUCUUUGGCUUUGAGAUAAGCAAGGUUGGCAUACUGUCUGCCCUGCCACAUUUGGUGAUGACUAUCAUCGUGCCCAUCGGCGGCCAGCUGGCCGACUACCUACGCAGCAAGAACAUCCUGUCGACUACCACUGUCAGGAAAAUCAUGAACUGUGGAGGAUUUGGCAUGGAGGCCACAUUGCUGCUGGUGGUAGGAUAUUCCCACAGCAAAGGGGUGGCCAUCUCCUUCCUGGUGCUGGCAGUGGGCUUCAGUGGAUUUGCUAUAUCAGGCUUUAAUGUCAAUCACUUGGACAUCGCUCCACGCUACGCCAGUAUCUUAAUGGGAAUCUCUAAUGGUGUGGGUACCCUGUCUGGGAUGGUGUGCCCACUGAUUGUUGGUACCAUGACAAAGAACAAGACUCGAGAGGAGUGGCAAUAUGUGUUCCUGAUCGCCUCCUUGGUGCAUUAUGGGGGUGUGAUCUUCUACGGGAUCUUUGCUUCGGGAGAAAAACAGCCGUGGGCCGACCCAGAACUGACCAGCGAGGAGAAGUGCGGCUUCAUAGACGAGGACGAGCUGGCAGAAGAGACGGGCGACAUCACUCAAAGUUACGGUGCCUUUGGAGCUCAGCCCAAGUCGUACGGUGCGACCACGCAGGUGAACGGAGGCUGGGCUUCAGGGUGGGAGAAGACAGAGGAGUACGUCCAGGAGGAGGCGCAGGCAGGAGGCUACGGCUACAGGCAGGAUGAGGGAUACUCCUAGACCAAACACGCAUUCGCCGACACAUGAGUAGACUUAUUUUCCUGAGUGUGCAUCAGUUUAGUCAUAAAAAUAUCGACAAACGAGAAAAACUACAAUCCAUUGUUGUAUUGUUUGCACAAAUUCUAAAAGAAAAAAACCUAACAAAGUAUCAACGUAAUGUAAAAAUGACUAAAAUGUGUAAAAAAAUACAAGGAUAUUCGAUUAAUAGAGGUGUAACAUAUCAAAUUGGCAGUCUGUAAAUGUAUUAUUAUGCAUAUUGAUAAUAGAUAUAUUCAUUUGGAGUGCAAUUGUGUGUAAAUGUGGACAUUUUCAUCCCAUCAGCCAAGGCUUCCUGGCCAAUCUGAAGCCUGUAGGGUUACAUAGAAGCUGCCCAUGAGAACCAAACCCCUUAUUUAUCAAACUAACUGUUACAGUACAACGUCCUAGAAGCCAGCCAUUACAAUGUAUAGAUAUGUCACUGCACAGCGUCGUCAACAGAAACUAGACACUCUGUCGAUAUAGAUUGUACUGUAUCUCUCCUGAAUGCACUCAGAGUAGUGUGUCGUCUUAAUGCACAAUAUGAUGGUCUUUUUGUUUUCUUAUCACUGGCUUCUGUGUGUGUGUGUGUGUGUGUGUGUGUGUG